UUUUUCUUUUUUAAUGAAAGCCUGUGCUGUGUGCUUAAAUUUAAAUCUUCAUAUAAUUCUGUGUAAGGUACAGUUGUGUAUUACUAAACUGCAAAUGUAAAUAACAAACAUGUCGUUUUUCAAGAACGUUACAUCUAGCUUCGCUAUUCGCAGUCGCGAUACAAUACUUAAGGAGUCCCUAAUUAAUAAUUUAUCGGAGUGCGUAAAAGAUAUCCAAUACAAUAGCCAAUUCGAAGAGAAUUUUCACAGCGUUCUCGGCUCAACCGACUCUACAAACACAUUAUGUAUGGCGUUAGAAGCAGUCUUUCUUCACGGAUUGAAAGACACUUUUUUGAGGAAAGCUAAGAAUGUUAUAUCCGGCGAUCCCGACUACCGGCCACAGUCCAGUUUCUGGCCCUUGAUACUAGUGCUUUCGCACAGGCAGAACAUUGAUCAGAUCUCAUCCCUCCCACAAAUCAACACUGAGAUAGGGCAAUGCAGAGCCUGGCUAAGGAUUGCCCUCAAUGAGUGCCUUUUGUCUUCAUAUAUGUCAACAUUAUUGAAAAAUAUAUCGGCUGUCAAACCAUUCUACAACAGGAGUGCAUUUGUUUGCGAUUCAGAAAUAUUGGAGGUUUCCCAGAAACUGGUUCAGGGAUUAGAAACUUGUGUCCAAUUUAAUUUACCAAUAAAUUCCAGUUUACUGAACCAAUGGCCCGAACAGGUUUUGAUGCAAGCAGGUAUUUGGGUACCUACUAUGAGAGUGGCACCAAUUACAGCCGGCUUAGAUGUAGCCAGUACUUUGACUGAUGAAGUCAAACCCAAGUUGGCUACAACCCCCACACAUGCCUCCAGUAUUACUGGAAUUGUUAUAAAUGAAGAUGAAGCUUUGAAAUUUAUUUUGUCAAAAGAUUCUAAUGAUUUAAAUAACAGAAGCGAACAUAUUGAAGAAACUGAGAAGGUCAAUAAAGAAGACAAAAUAAAAUCAGACUCUGAUGUUGACUCUUUAAAAGUAGUUGAAGCAACGUCAAGUCAGGAGCCAGCUGAUGAAACAGUUUUGUCCUCAGAUACAAUGCCUGUUUAUUCAUCAUCAGUGGACUCUGCAGAUUUUAUAGCACCAACUGAUGUUAUUGUUACUGGAAAUUCUUUAUUGGUCUAUAAUGGUCGUGCAAAAGGAUGGUCAAAUGAUAUUCAUGAUGAUUUAAAUGAAUCUAUUAACUCAAAUUCAUCUCAUGGCAGUAGUAUGAUUAAAACACCAGAAUUGAAAAGCUUGUCUUCACUAGUUGACAAUACAGUUGCAUAUGGGGAACCAUACACCCACACUCAGAAUUUAAAAGACAUCAUGAAAGAUAUUCAUAAGGAAUUAAAACUAACAGUUGACGAUAAUAUUUCAUUGCAUGAGACUGUUGAGGCGGCAGUGCUGGAAGACCCGUCCUUACAGGGAUUAGACUUUGAAGUGGUCCCAAAUUCCAUCAAUGGUUCCUUCACACCUCAGGAGUUGCAAAGAAUGAUAAAACAAUUAGGAAUGUUAUCUAGAGAAAAAGGACUUGAUUACCAGAAUUACCAGUGCAAGGGUUGUCAAGAUUUACUAGGCAGCACAGUUUCAAAAGCUAAGGUCUGCGGCUACACUGGUGAAUAUUACUGUGGCAAUUGUAUGGAUCCAAAUGUUUUCAUCAUACCAGCUAGAGUAAUACAUAAUUGGGACUUCAAAAGGUAUCCAGUAUCAAAAAAAUCAGCAUUGUUCUUAUUAGAAUUCCAACACCAUCCUUGGAUUGAUAUGAAAAAGCUGAAUCCUAAAAUAUACUGUGGAGUGUCUGACAUGGCACAACUGCAAGAAUUAAGAAUACAACUUAAUUUUCUAAGAGCUUACAUUUUUACUUGCCGUGAACCAGUUAUUGAAGAGCUACAGAAACGUGUGUGGCCAAGAGAGUACCUAUAUGAUCAUGUACAUUUAUACACAAUAUCGGAUUUAGCACAGAUACCAAACAGUUCUUUGGCUUUACAGUUAGAAAAGGUAGUUAGCUUUGCAAAGUCUCAUGUACUAGAUUGUUGGCUCUGCAGCCAAAAGGGAUUCAUAUGUGAAGUUUGUAAAGAUUCCAAGAUAUUGUAUCCGUUUGAAACAAGUUCUACAUAUAGAUGUGAUGAAUGUUCAAGCGUUUUUCAUGCUAAAUGUCAAAAUGAAAGCUUGCCUUGCCCCAAGUGCAAACGGAGGCAAGAAAGGACAAGUGACACAUCAUUGGUGGAUGCCCUUCAUUCUCAUUUUAUCAAACAAACUCUUUAAAGUUCAUUGCUAAGUAUAGUUUAAAUAUUAUUGUUCUUGCAUAUAAAUAUAUCAAGUAAAAUAAAGACAGGUCAUGUACCCAUGUUAGUGUAGUAAUGGUAGAUAAGAAUAAUGUGCUGAUAUUAUUGAAUGAUUUUGCAUAUAGUUAUUAUUUUCAUUUAUACACAUUUAAGUUAAAAUAUGAAUGUUGACAAAGACAACUUUGCAUCUGAUUAGUAUAAUCUUAAAAAAGAUGCUUAUAUAUUCUUAACAAUUUUAAAAAAAGGCGCUAAUUUCAAUUAGUUUUCAUUAUAUGGCUGUUAUAUAUUUUUAUUGUAAAUAAAUGUACGAAAAUAGGUUUUAUGUUUUGAUUUCUUUUUGUAUAUGAUAUUUUUGUUAGGAAGGUAUUGGGUUUUCUAUAAAGAUUUUUCACAGUAGCAGCUCAAAGUUAGGACAUUAGUGUUGUUAACUGAACUAUAGAGAGAGAGAGAGAGAUGUCUCUAGAGAUUACAUAAAAUUAAUAAUCGUUAAAGCCCUAAAACCAGCAGUGUAAAGAUGCUUAUGAGCUUAAUAAUAUACCUUUAAGAGAGGAGGUAUGUGCUGCGAGGUGGGGAUUAAUAGGCAGAAUAUGAUAAUGAUGGAUCAUAUUAGCCUUCCAACGGUUUUACUAUAGUUUGCCAGGUUUAUGAAAUAAAUAACUAAGUAAAAAAAAUGUUUAUUACAUCUCAUAAAGUGGCUCUUAUAUUCACUGCUGUGAAAACUGUAAAGGAUACUGUAUUUUUUUCUUCAAGUAAAUAGUGCUAUAUUUUACUUUCAGUUUCUUUCAGUUCCUAGGUGGUUGAUUUGGUUGGGCUUAAAAAAUCUAUUGCAACAUUUAUGAUUUCUAUUUUUGAAACAUAUGCCAUAUUAGUCUAAAUUGCUGACAUAAGAGCCAUUUUGUUACCACAAUGAAAAUUGCACACUUGUAUAACUUUUAGAUUUGGGUUCAAAGGAAUAUUCUUAUUAAGUCUUACUGUAAAAUUAAUAUAUCAGUUAGAUAUA